CCACACACACACACUCUGCACACCACUCGCAAAUCCUUGUGUGUCUUCUGUGACAAUGUGUCGGCAAUUUAUGUAAAGUGAUAGUGUGAGAAGGACUCUUGGGUAUGCCUAAGGAGCAAACAAAUUGUUGAAAUUUAAUAUUAUCUCUAUUAUAUAUAGUUUGUAUAUAUCUUCCAGGCUGCUGUGACUGUGACUCCCACUAUCUGUGUGUUUUGUGUGUGUGCGUGCGUGUGUGUGUGUAUGUUUAUUAGUGUGCGUGUAAAUAUUUUAGCCAUCUACCCACCUAAAACGGCAACUAGCAAAAACUUAAACAAAACUUCUUCAACUAAAAGACAAACUAUAAAAUCUUCAUCGACCACGAAGGAAGCAACAAAAAAGCUGUUAAAACUUUUCUCUCCCCCACAAUCCUCAUCCUCAGACGAGUAAAGCCCAAAAAUGAACGACAGUAGACGCAAUACGGCCACUGAAUUUAGUUAUAUACUACAGCGGCAGGGCAGCGAUGUAUCCGCCACUGAGGCUUAUGCAUUCGAUGACUUCAACAAUUUAAUGAAGAACAAUCCUCAGACUACACAUCAGCAACAGCAGCAGCAGCAAUCUCAUCAGCAACAGCAACAACCCUCCAGCAACCAGCAGCAGCAGCAGCAGCAACAGCAACAACAGCAGCAGCAGAAUGGUUUAAUGGGCGGUGGAUUGGGCGUGGGCGAUGCGUUGUCCUCGUUGCCACAAGCUUCGUUCAACUAUAUCAACUCCAUUGUGGGCAGCGGAGUCAUUGGCAUACCCUAUGCCCUACAUCGGGCCGGCUUUGGUCUCGGUUUGGCCCUACUCAUUCUGGUCGCCUACAUAACCGAUUAUUCACUCAUUCUAAUGGUUAGAUGUGGUCACAUUUGCGGCCGUUUCAGUUAUCCAGGCAUUAUGGAAGCGGCCUAUGGCAAAUACGGUUACUAUUUGCUCUCACUGUUGCAAUUCAUGUAUCCUUUUCUGGCCAUGAUUUCGUACAAUGUUGUCGUUGGAGACACUUUAUCCAAAGUCCUUGUGCGCUUCUUUCCCUCCUGGGGCGCCUCAAUGGGUGCCGUUCGAUUGGGCGUUGUGUUCUUUGUCAAUGUUGGCGUCGUAAUGCCCUUGUGCCUGUACAAGAAUGUCUCGCGUUUGGCCCGAGCCAGUUUCAUUAGCUUGGCGUGUGUAGUCUUCAUUUUGUUUGCUGUCAUUAUAAAGCUCAUGUCGGGCGAUUAUAAAGUGACGGACACUGCCGAAUCUUGGCGUUUUGCUAACACGGAUCUUAUACCAGCCACCGGCAUCAUGGUAUUUGCCUUCAUGUGCCAUCAUAACACAUUUCUGGUCUAUCAAUCGAUGCGCGAUGCCACGCUGGAACGUUGGGAGAAGGUCACACAUAUUUCCAUAGGUUUUGCCUGGACAGUGGCCGCCCUCUUUGGCAUUGCUGGCUAUUCCACUUUUCGUGCAUUGUCACAAGGUGAUUUGCUGGAGAAUUAUUGCUGGGAUGACGAUUUGAUGAACUUUUCGCGUGUCCUCUUCUCCAUAUCCAUAUUGUUGACCUUCCCGAUUGAAUGCUUCGUUUCACGUGAAAUUGUACGCGCUUUAGUUCAUCGUUUUGUGCUAAAGGAACCCAUUACCGAAUUCACCCAGGAUAAGGACCCAAAUUUGGAGAAGGGAGCCGAAAUUGAUGAGUACUCGAAAGCCAUUACCAUGGCAAUUGUAUUCAGCGCUUUUAUAAUAUCACCCAUGACCGAUUGCCUGGGCUCUGUAUUGGAAUUGAAUGGUCUAUUGGCAGCCAUACCACUGGCUUAUAUACUACCUGGCCUGGCCUACAUACAAAUGGAGCCACAUGCUCUGUUCAGUCGCGAAAAGUUACCCGCCUUGGGGUUGGUUGUGUUUGGAGCUUUGGUAACCAUUUUGGGAGCAGCUGUUCUACUGCCCGGCCUAAUGGGCGGCGAUUGUCGAUCGGAUAUUGUGAUGGGAUAUUGUCGACAAGAGUUCCAAGGCAAUAAUUCCACCGUCAAUGAGGUGGCCGCUAGUAAACUAACAAAUUAAGAGGGAGAGAGAUGAAAUGUUGAAGCAUCGAAGCCAAUGAGCAAUGUUAAUUGUUUAGUUUAGGGAAUUAAUGGUAAAGGAUUGGGAUAAUUUUUGGCAUAUUUUGUUGAUGUUUUAUGUUUUUUUUUUUUUUAACUGGAAUGAAUGUACGAAGGAAACUUGUAGGUACCUGAGAUGUCUCUGAAGUUCUAACCAACUGGGCAAGUGAUAAACUCAACCUGAAUUUCAGUACAAAA